AUGGUGUGUGAGGAGGAGCAGCAGCGACUCCUCAGAGAAGGAGGAGGAGCAGCGACUCCUCAGAGAAGGAGGAGGAGGAGGAGCAGCAGCAAGCGGCUCCUCGGAGGAGGAGGAGGAGGAGGAGCAGCGACUCCUCAGAGAAGGAGGAGGAGGAGCAGCAGCGACUCCUCAGAGAAGGAGGAGGAGGAGGAGGAGGAGCAGCGACUCUUCAGAGGAGGAGGAGGAGGAGGAGCAGCGACUCUUCAGAGAAGGAGAAGGAGGAGCAGCGACUUUUCAGAGGAGGAGGAGGAGGAGCAGCGACUCUUCAGAGGAGGAGGAGGAGGAGCAGCGACUCUUCAGAGAAGGAGGAGCAGCGACUCUUCAGAGAAGGAGGAGGAGGAGCAGCGACUCUUCAGAGAAGGAGGAGCAGCGACUCUUCAGAGAAGGAGGAGGAGGAGCAGCGACUCUUCAGAGAAGGAGGAGGAGGAGCAGCGACUCUUCAGAGGAGGAGGAGGAGGAGGAGGAGCAGCGACUCUUCAGAGAAGGAGGAGGAGGAGGAGCAGCGACUCCUCGGAGAAGAAGGAGGAGGAGGAGCAGCGACUCCUCGGAGAAGGAGGAGGAGGAGGAGCAGCGACUCCUCGGAGAAGGAGGAGCAGCGACUCCUCGGAGAAGGAGGAGGAGGAGCAGCAGCGACUCUUCAGAGAAGGAGGAGGAGGAGCAGCGACUCCUCGGAGAAGGAGGAGGAGGAGCAGCGACUCCUCGGAGAAGGAGGAGGAGGAGCAGCGACUCUUCAGAGAAGGAGAAGGAGGAGGAGGAGCAGCGACUCCUCGGAGGAGGAGCAGCGACUCCUCGGAGAAGGAGGAGCAGUGA